AUGGCGAGCGAGACAGCCCGCGCGCCGGCGCCCGUCGAACCCAGCGGGGCUUGCAACUGGCGCUGCGCUGAGCACAGCGAACGCCUGGCUGAGCUCUUCUGUCGCCGCUGCAGCCGUUGCGUGUGCGCGCUGUGUCCGGUGCUGGGUGCCCACCGCGGCCACCCCGUGGGCCUGGCUCAGGAGGAGGCUGCGAGCGUGCAGAAACUCAUCGGGGACUGUUUAGAGUGUUUGGUGACCAAGAAGAAACAGCAUGCUGACAACAUAGCCCACUUGGAAGGCAGCGGGGAAAGGCUCAAGGCUUAUGCAGACUCAAGUAAAGCCUGGCUGACACACAAAUUCACAGAACUCAGAUUACUCCUGGAUGAAGAGGAAGUACUAGCCAAAAAGUUCAUCGAUAAGAACACAGAGCUCACCCUCCAGGUGUACAGGGAGCAAGCAGAGUCUUGCAGGAAUCAAAUUGAGGACAUGGAUGAUUUCUCUGCCAGGGUGUGGGUCAUCAGCCUGGAGCCCAACCCCGUCCAGCUGCUGCAGGCAUAUAUAGCCACUAAGUCAGAGAUGGAACAGCACAUGCGCCCCUCGGAGCUGAGCCACCCUGUGCCCCUGUCCUUUGAGCCCGUCAAGAACUUCUUUAAGACAUUUAUGGAAGCUAUCCGGGACACUUUACAGACACCAAUGGAGACUCGCCUGAAGGAAAACAUAAGCUGCCAGCUAUCUGGCUCCUCCAGCUCCAAGCCAGGCGCCUUGUUGAAAACCAGCCCUUCACCCGAGCGAUCACUCUUCUUGAAAUGUAAGACCCAGGAGUGGGGGAGGGCGUGGGAGGUUUGCACCUUCCAUGCCUCCUUCCAGGAGCCGCUCUACCCGGCCCUGCGCCUCUGGGAGGGGGCCAUCAGCAUACCCCGGUUGCCCUAGGCGAGCGUGCUUCCUUUCCUAGGCUAGUCUACAAGGCUCUCCCUACGCAACCCCACGCUGCCUG